AUGGCUACCACCAACAACGCUCAAGAAGACGAACCACCGAGAUCUACUGCAUUAGAAAGGCAGGUCCAGACACUCAUGACAGCAGUAGAACGACUCACAAAGCAGAACCACGAUCUGGAGGAGCAACUACGACAAAGGGAUGUAGGACCCAACCUUCAGGAGCAAAACCAGGAAGGUAACAGUGCCGAGCGAAGGGAGCAGGAAAAGCCUGAAGGCAGCAAUGCCCCAAGCCGACCAGAGCGGCAAAACGUGAGCCUUCCGUCUCUCAUGGAUUUUGCCCCCCCACCUAUCGUUGCCGAGAUGCAGGCGAUGAAGGAGCAGAUGGAGGUCAUGAUGAACGCCUUCAAGGGGCGAGUAUCUUCUGAUCUCGAUGAUUUGGUGAACAGGACUGACUCACCAUUCACUGCGUCCGUCAACUCAUUCCCCCUGCCACAAAAGUUCCGGAUGCCGCAGAUCGAAAGUUACGACGGGGUCAAGGAUCCACUCGAUCAUCUAGAGACCUUCAAGACCUUGAUGCACCUUCAGGGCGUACCAGACAAGAUCAUGUGCAGGGCGUUCUCGACCACGCUGAAGGAGCCUGCGAGGGUCUGGUUCAGUAGGCUGACACCAAACUCCAUCAAUACUUUCAAGGAGUUGAGCGCCCUGUUCACCUCACACUUUAUAGGCGAACAUCGAUACAAAAAGUCCACUGCUUGCUUAAUGAAUAUCAAGCAGCGAGAAGACGAGACGCUGCGAGCCUAUAUAACUCGUUUCAACAAAGAAGCCCUUUCGAUUGAUGAAGCUGACGAUAAAAUACUCGUAGCCGCGUUCACUAGCGGGCUACGGAAGGGUAAGUUCUUGUUUUCCCUAUACAAGAAUGACCCAAAAACCAUGACGGACGUCCUCUACAGGGCUACCAAGUAA